CGCCGCCGGGCAGGACCUGCUGCCGCCCGGGCUGGGGAGCGCAGCGUGUCGCGGGGAGCGGGGCGGGGUGCCCCGCAGCCGGUGGCGCCCCGGCCUCUCCCCGACAGACGGUCUCGGACCCCAGGACCCCUCCCCUCUUCCUUCCACCCUCCUCGCCUCUACCCUCCCCGCCUUUCCCCGGGUUCCGGACCGCAGCUGCUCCUGGACCUGCCCUUCUCGGCGCCCCUGUUCUCCAGGGAGAUGCGAUGAGCCGGCGCCCCAGCGACCUCAUCGCCGUCCCGGGCACGGUGCCCGUCCGGUGCCCGCGGUGGGGAGGGAGCGCUCCGCGAUCCCUCCGCGACGCCCCUCCCUUGGGCCCCCGCCCAGCUGGAUGCUCUAGGCCAUGCCCCAGGGGCCCCAUCCGGGAGGUGGGUUCUAGAGCAAAGAGGGUGGAGAGGAGGGAGGACGGGGCCUUGGGCGCCUCUGAGAUGUUCCCAAGCGACAGUGGAGGCCGAGCGAGGCGCAGGCAACCGGGCAGCAGGCAUGAUGCCCUCGCCCAGUGACUCCAGCCGCUCGCUGACCAGCCGACCCAGCACCCGGGGCCUUACCCACCUCCGCCUCCACCGACCCUGGCUGCAGGCCCUGCUCACGCUAGGGCUGGCCCAGGUGCUCCUGGGCGUCCUGGUGGUCACCUUCAGCAUGGUGGCCUCCUCCGUCACCACCACUGAGAGCAUCAAGAGGUCCUGCCCAUCUUGGGCUGGGUUCUCGGGCUGGGCACGCCCUGUGGUGAGGGGCUCACUCAUGUGCCUCCCCCUUGCCAGGCUGAGCCUGUACCCACUCUGUCCCCAGCUGGCGUUCUCCGGGGUAGUUGGCGUUGUGUCUUGGAAGCGGCCAUUCACUUUAGUGAUCUCCUUCUUCUCCCUGCUUUCCGUGCUCUGUGUCAUGCUCAGCAUGGCUGGCUCUGUUCUCUCCUGUAAGAAUGCUCAGCUGGCCCGAGACUUCCAAGACUGCUCCAUGGAAGGAAAGGUCUGUGUGUGCUGCCCCUCCGUUCCCCUCCUCCGGCCCUGCCCAGAGUCAGGCCAGGAACUGAAAGUUGCCCCUAACUCCACCUGUGACGAAGCCCGAGGAGCCCUCAAGAACCUGCUCUUUAGUGUCUGUGGGCUGACCAUUUGUGCCGCCAUCAUCUGUACCCUCUCAGCUAUCAUCUGCUGCAUCCAAAUCUUCUCCCUGGACCUCGUGCACACGCAGCUGGCCCCUGAGCGCUCAGUCUCUGGCCCUUUGGGGUCCCUGGGCUGUGCAUCGUCGCCCCCAGCCCCUCUCCUGCACACCAUGCUGGAUUUGGAAGAAUUUGUACCACCAGUACCCCCUCCGCCCUACUAUCCCCCAGAGUACACCUGUAGCUCUGAAACAGAUGCGCAGAGCAUCACCUACAAUGGCUCCAUGGACAGCCCAGUGCCCUUGUACCCUACCGACUGCCCCCCUUCUUAUGAGGCUGUCAUGGGGCUACGAGGAGACAGCCAGGCCACUCUGUUUGAUCCUCAGCUUCACGAUAGCUCCUGCAUCUGCGACCGCGUGGCCUCCAUCGUAGAUGUGUCCAUGGACAGCGGGUCUUUGGUGCUGUCAGCCAUUGGUGACUUCCCCGGGGGCUCCAGCCCAUCAGAAGACUCCUGCCUGCUGGAGCUGCAGGGCUCCGUGCGAUCCGUCGAUUACGUGCUCUUCCGCUCCAUCCAGCGCAGCCGAGCUGGCUACUGCCUCAGCCUGGACUGCGGCCUGCGGGGCCCCUUCGAGGACAGCCCCCUGCCUCGGCGGCCCCCGCGGGCUGCCCGCUCCUACUCCUGCUCUGCCCCUGAGGCCCCACCGCCUCUGGGUGCCCCCACGACCGCCCGCAGCUGCCACCGGCUGGAGGGCUGGCCGCCCUGGGUGGGACCCUGCUUCCCCGAGCUGAGGCGGCGGGUCCCCCGCGGAGGCAGCCGGCCCCCAGCCCCCACAGCCCCUCCAGCCCGCGGUCCCACUCGCCGCUUCAGCGACAGCUCAGGUUCCCUCACCCCCCCGGGGCAGCGGCCUCCUCACCCGGCUCCUGCGCCGCCACCGCUGCUGCUGCCUCGGUCCCACAGUGACCCAGGUAUCACCACCUCCAGCGACACCGCUGACUUCAGGGACCUUUAUACCAAAGUGCUUGAGGAAGAAGCUGCUUCCGUUUCCUCUGCAGAUACAGGGCUCUGCUCUGAAGCCUGCCUCUUCCGUCUAGCCCGUUGCCCUUCGCCCAAGUUGCUUCGUGCCCGCUCAGCUGAGAAACGGCGCCCCAUGCCCACCUUUCAGAAAGUCCCCCUGCCCUCCGGCCCUGCACCCGCCCACUCCCUGGGAGACCUAAAGAGCAGCUGGCCAGGCCGGGGCUUGGUCACUCGUUUCUUUCAGAUGUCCAAGAAGGCCCCAGACCCCAGUGGGAAUGGGGCCCAUGGGCUUAAGCAGGUGCCCCGGAGCCCAUGGGGCCGGCCAGGCCGAGAGAGCCUCCACCUUCGCAGCUGUGGUGACCUGAGCUCCGGCUCUUCCCUGCGGCGCCUCCUGUCUGGCCGCCGGCUAGAACGGGGUACCCGCCCCCACAGCCUCAGCCUCAGUGGGGGCAGCCGGGAGACUGGACUCUGACCUGGGCUUCUUGCUACUCUGAACAUAUCCAGAUGAAUGCUGGGGCCACAGGCACCAGAUGGUUGGGACCAACAACCUCUAGCACCCCAUGCACUGGCUGACACAAAGAAACCCGCUGAACACCCCCCGAAGUAUACCUUUGCCUCCUACCUCUGGGGGCUCCUGCUGCUUGCCUGGGCCCCUCUGGACUGGGAGAGCUUCUGUCCUGUGCUGCAUGGGUAUUCAGGCUGUUGAGGGGGAGAGACCCCUGCUUACAGCAUUGGAAGAGGAAAAUAAAAGUCCCAUCCCCUAGCAUGAAAGCUCUCCGAUUCGACAGGGACUCUAUAGCCAGGGCAGAGGCAUAUCCCAGUGCUUCAGCAUACAGGGCCGUGUGCCUGUGCGAUGGGGUGGUAAGACAUGAAGAGUCAGAGAAAUCUGGGUGGCUCUCAGCUCUGCCUCGUCUAGCUGCAUGACCUUGGGCAAAGUAUUUAACCUCAAUUGCCUGCUCUGUAAAACAUUGUGAAGAUGAAUGUUUGUUUGUAAAGCUCUUAAUAUACUAAAUAAGUCCUCAAUAAAUUUCAGUUUUCCCCUUCUCUUCUGGAUCA